GUGGCUGCGGCUGUCUCAGCAACGGCUCGCGCCUCCCCAUCCCCCAGUUCCCAGAGCUCUUCCCGCCUGCCGCGGUGGAGACCCAGGCCGAAGGCGGGGAAGCCCGGUCCAGCCCGUUCCUCUGCCCGCGCGGCGGGAGCAUCGUUCCGGAGGACUGCCCGAAGGCAAGCCUCGCAGCCGGAGAGCGCGGCGCACACGCGCGCCUCCCUGCCGCGGCCGUCCUCUCUUCCCUCCUUCCUCUCCUCUCUCCCCUCCCCUCUCCUCCGCCCCCAACCUCUGCUGCGGCGGGAGGAAGAACCCUUCCCGACUAGCCCAGAGAACCCAGGUCGAUUCUCAUUCCCGGAGAAAGAGCCCCCUUUGGGAUCCGGCUGGUCGCUCGCCCCCGGCCACGGAAGUGACUGGUCGUCUAUUGGGAGAGCUCGCUUCUAGCGCAGCCCCCGACCCUCACCCAGCCGCAGCCGCAUAGACAGCGCUCCCCAGCGGGCCCCCGGCCCCGCCGAGCCCACUCCCCGCUUGGGGCCAGGGCCGGCGAUGCCUGGCGCGGCAACGGCGGUGGCCGCGGCUGCUGCUGCUGCCGCCACGGCUGCUGGCCGGAGCCCGGGUCGGGGGCUCGAGUCUCCGCAGUGGGGCUGAGCCCGCAGCCCCGCCCCCCGAGCCUGAGGCCGCUGCUCCGCCGGGCGCCGGGCCUUCUCCGCCCGCGCCUCCGCCCCAGGAACUGGAGCCAAGCGGGGAGCCCGGGCCCCGCGCCCAGGCCCGGACCAUGCAUGGCCACCGAGUCCCGGGGGGCCCUGGGCCUUCGGAUCCCGAACGCUCAGCGGCAAAUACCCCUGGCGCCGCUCCGCUGGCCUGUGCCGACUCGGACCCUGGAGCCUUGGAAUCCGGACUGCCGGUGCGCAGGGGCUCAGGCUCGGCUCUUGGAGGCCCUCUGGAUCCUCAGUUUGUUGGACCCUCGGACGCCAGCCUGGGAGCGCCUCCAAGCUCCCGGGUCUUGCCCUGCGGCCCUAGCCCUCAGCACCACCGGGCCCUGCGCUUCUCCUACCACCUGGAGGGCUCGCAGCCUCGGCCUGGACUGCACCAGGGAAACCGGAUCCUGGUUAAAAGUUUGUCCCUUGACCCUGGCCAGAGCCUUGAGCCUCAUCCAGAAGGUCCCCAACGGCUUCGCUCAGAUCCAGGCCCUCCCACUGAAAUCCCUGGCCCACGUCCUUCACCACUAAAGCGGGCACCAGGCCCAAAGCCACAGGUCCCCCCAAAGCCCAGCUACCAGAUGCCCCGGGUGCUUCCUCCUCCUGAGCCCAUUCCUCCGCCACCAUCACGCCCUCUGCCUGCAGACCCUAGAGUGGCCAAGGGUCUUGCCCCCAGAGCUGAGGCCAGCACUAGUUCUGCAGCAGUAUCAUCAUUGAUCGAGAAGUUUGAAAGAGAGCCUGUGAUUGUCGCUUCGGAUAGGCCAGCCCCUGGCCCCUGCCCAGUUCCCCCAGAGCCAGCCAUGUUGCCACAGCCACCCCCGCAGCCAACAGGGUCCCAGCUCCCUGAGGGUGAGGCUUCUCGCUGCCUGUUCCUGCUGGCUCCUGGGCCCCGGGAUGGUGAGAAGGUGCCUAACCGGGACAGCGGCAUUGACAGCAUCAGCUCGCCAUCCAACAGUGAAGAGACCUGCUUCGUCAGUGAUGACGGGCCCCCCAGCCACAGCCUCUGUCCUGGGCCCCCUGCCCUGGCUAGUAUGCCAGUGGCUUUGGCCGACCCCCACCGGCCUGGCUCCCAGGAGGUUGACAGUGACCUGGAAGAGGAAGAGGAGGAGGAAGAAGAGGAGGAAAAGGAAAGAGAAAUUCCAGUGCCCCCGAUGGAGAGACAGGAGUCUGUGGAGCUGACCGUGCAGCAGAAGGUAUUCCAUAUUGCCAAUGAACUCCUGCAAACUGAGAAGGCCUAUGUUUCCAGGCUUCAUCUCCUGGAUCAGGUAUUCUGUGCCCGGCUGCUGGAAGAAGCUCGGAACCGCAGUUCCUUCCCUGCAGAUGUUGUCCAUGGCAUCUUCUCUAACAUCUGCUCCAUCUACUGCUUCCAUCAGCAGUUCCUGCUGCCUGAGCUGGAGAAGCGCAUGGAGGAAUGGGACCGCUACCCACGCAUUGGUGACAUCCUUCAGAAGUUGGCACCCUUCCUCAAGAUGUAUGGCGAGUAUGUGAAAAACUUCGACCGGGCUGUAGAGCUGGUCAACACAUGGACAGAGCGUUCUACCCAGUUUAAAGUCAUCAUCCAUGAAGUACAGAAGGAGGAAGCCUGUGGCAACCUGACCUUGCAGCACCACAUGCUGGAGCCCGUGCAGCGUAUCCCCCGCUAUGAGCUUCUUCUCAAGGACUAUCUGUUAAAGCUGCCUCAUGGCUCCCCGGACAGCAAGGAUGCCCAGAAGUCUUUGGAGCUGAUAGCCACAGCAGCAGAACACUCUAAUGCUGCCAUCCGUAAAAUGGAACGAAUGCACAAGCUGCUGAAGGUCUAUGAGCUGCUAGGGGGUGAGGAGGACAUUGUCAGUCCCACCAAAGAGCUCAUAAAAGAAGGUCAUAUCCUUAAGCUGUCAGCAAAGAAUGGGACCACUCAAGAUCGAUACCUCAUAUUAUUCAACGACCGCCUUCUUUACUGCGUGCCCAGGCUGCGGCUCCUUGGCCAGAAGUUUAGCGUGCGGGCACGUAUUGAUGUGGAUGGCAUGGAGCUAAAGGAGAGCUCCAACCUCAACAUGCCUCGGACCUUCUUGGUGUCAGGAAAACAGCGCUCUCUCGAACUCCAGGCCAGGACUGAUGAGGAGAAGAAAGACUGGGUCCAGGCCAUCAAUUCUACCCUCCUGAAGCAUGAACAGACCCUGGAGACUUUCAAACUGUUGAACUCAACAAACAGGGAUGAUGAAGAUACUCCCCCUAACUCUCCAAACGUGGAUCUUGGGAAGAGGGCACCUACGCCUAUCCGGGAAAAGGAAGUCACCAUGUGCAUGCGCUGCCAGGAGCCCUUCAAUUCCAUCACCAAACGCAGGCACCACUGCAAGGCCUGUGGGCAUGUGGUUUGUGGGAAAUGCUCUGAGUUCCGAGCACGACUCAUCUAUGACAACAAUCGUUCCAACCGUGUGUGCACUGAUUGCUAUGUGGCCUUGCAUGGAGCACCCGGGAGCAGUCCAGCCUGUAGCCAACAUACACCCCAGCGCAGGAGGUCCAUCCUAGAGAAUGAACCCUGGUGUUGUACAUCUAUGGAGCCCCUCCAGGAUGUGAAAGCCCAACGCAGCCUGCCCCUCAUUGGCUUUGAGGUGGGGCCUCCUGAGGCAGGGGAGCGGCCAGACAGGAGGCAUGUCUUCAAGAUCACCCAGAGCCACCUAAGCUGGUACUUCAGCCCAGAGACAGAAGAACUCCAGCGGCGCUGGAUGGCUGUGCUUGGCAGGGCGGGCCGUGGGGACACAUUCUGCCCAGGGCCCACACUGUCUGAGGACAAGGAGAUGGAGGAGACACCAGUGGCAGCUUCAGGAGCCACUGCUGAACCUCCUGAAGCCUCCCAGACCCGAGACAAGACCUAGAGGGUUUGGGGGGGAACUGGGAGUUCCUGCCCCACACUCCAGCUGCCCAUGUUCAAUUGGGGGCUCUAGCCCACUCCCAAUGCAGUCAAUACUUGAAUUCCCAUCAAGGGCACUUUCAAUCCCGAAUGCUGGGUCUUGGGUUUUUUAAUUCAUCUUUUCACAAAAUGUGGGCUUUUUAAAAAAGAAAGACAAACUAUUCCUACAUUGAUGUUAAUUUUUUAAAUCCCUGUCCCCAGGGAGGGCAGGAGCUAAUUGCUAGACUCACUUGAAUUAGUCUGUUUCCUCCCAGUAUCCCACAGAUCCUACUUUCAUCUAGUUCCCCACAAAAGUACCAGAGGCAGGAGACCUGGAUUCAAGUGCCAGCUCUGCUACUGACCCUGGGACCCCAAUCCACCCUUUCCUCCUCAGCCAGUGUCUUCACAUGUAUGACUUUACAUGGGGUGGUGACUAGACCCUUCUUGCCUUUCCCAUGGCUUAUAGCUUCUACCUAGCCCCAAAGCAAUCCAGUAUUUUAUCGUCCAGAUCCAUGGCAGGGCCACUGGGCAGGACGGGAAUGGGGGGCGGGAGGGGAGGACAAUGGAUACUGUUUUUUAAAGAAAAAUACAGUUUAUUUCAGGCGUACAGUAACUUUCAGAGCACUGCUAUGGUCCGUCCGUUUGUCCGAAGUCCCAGGCUACUAAGGGAGAUGGGAGGGUGCAGAAACUACUCUCUUGAUGAAUUUUGAAGCUCAGCUCUCAGAAAGCUGAUUCCAAGGUUAAAUCAUGAAUUAAACAAGAAAGUGUUAUGUUA